UUUUUAUCGCUAGCUUGACACUGGUGAGGUGACGUCGGUGGUCGCCCAAUGUGCGAUACAGAAUGGCGGUGACUCUGCAUACAGACCUCGGCGAUGUGAAAAUCGAGCUUUUCUGCGAAAAAGCUCCAAAGACGUGUGAGAAUUUCCUCGCCUUGUGUGCCAGCGGGUUCUACAACGGAUGUAUUUUCCACAGAAAUAUUAAAGGCUUCAUGAUACAAACUGGAGACCCCACAGGUACAGGGAAAGGAGGAACAAGUAUCUGGGGCAGAAAAUUUGAGGACGAAUUCAACGAACAUCUUAAGCAUAAUGUUCGAGGUGUUGUUUCUAUGGCAAACAAUGGCCCCAACACCAAUGCAUCCCAGUUCUUCAUCACCUAUGGAAAGCAGCCCCACCUGGACAUGAAGUACACAGUGUUUGGAAAGAUAAUAGAUGGCUUGGAGACACUUGAUGAACUGGAGAAGCUCCCGGUAAAUGAGAAGACAUUUCGCCCUUUGAAUGAUGUCCACAUUAAGGAUGUCACCCUCCAUGCUAAUCCAUUUGCUGGCUAGAGGAGCGACCAAUGCUUGUAUUGGGAGGAGAAAACACUGGGUAAGGCAGGGAACAAGAAAACUGAGAGAACAAGUGAAAACAUAAUAAAGGAUGACAAUUAUAUGUUGUGCUUUACCUUGAAAUAUGUUAUGCCCAUGGUGAUGUCUUUCAAAGCUAUGUGACCUGAUCCUAUUCCAGUAAUAUGGAAAAACCAACCCUUGUAAAUAUUCUAACAGUGGUCUUGCAACACAGGAAAAGAAAUACCUGAAAGCUGCACUUUGGAAUGUAGUUAAAAUGGGACAAAGAAUGAAGCUAUGAAAAAACCUAAGAUGAGGCUUUCGGUGUGUAUUGUGAGCAGUAAACCCCAUAUAUGCAUGUGGUCUACAAACUACUUCAAAAAUCUCUCCUGCGCCCCUGGUAACAAAAUAGGACGCAAGUACAUUUAGCAUUACCACAACAGCUUAAAUUCAAAGUUGUAAACCCAAAACAAAAAAAACAUAAUUAUUAAUGCAAUUUUGUAUUACAGUGCUCAAAUUAAAAGUGUUUCCUUGCAUUGCCUAAAAUGACAAGCAAUGCCGUGAGUGGAUAGAUAGCUGGCCUGUGUCUUUGACACGCUAAAUUUGGAGAUUGCAGUUCUGUCCUGUAAUAAUGUUUUGCACAGGUCAUCUAGCGCUGGCGCCAUCUUGAAAACAGGUCAAGUUCCACUAUAAAUGUACGAGGACUUUAUGAUUGCACAUGCGGUCUUGGAUGGAUGAAGCGGCAGCAACUACAGUGGCCACAGCUCCCGGCAACGUUGACGUAUAACGAAGAACCCGAACAUCUGCUUUGUGUGAGGGAUCUGUAUCAUGCCAGGAUAAUGCCUUUUUCCGCUUGUGGCUUUCUUUUUUGAACACACGGUGCAAAAGCAGGUCUCUGGUUCGCACCAUGAGCUGAACGUUUGUCCGUCAUUACCAUUUUUAUCUAACCAAGCCCAUCGUCAUUUAUUUAUUUAUUUAUUUUACCUCCCGUUCUAUUGUGCUUCUGUCUGUGCCAAUCUUCACAAUUUUCGCUUCCAUGCUCCAUCUUAUAGUGCAGUAAUCAAGUGAUACAGUCCCCGCUAAUACUUCCUGGCGCCGGCUCGCAGAAAGUUGAAACUAGUUGCUGAUUGGAUAAGAAAAGUCCUCUUGUGCCAGUACGUCGCCUGAACAGGCUACUAUUGAUUAAAACUCCGAAAUAAACACCACGCCAGUGAUUGUUUUUAAUAGAAUUGCGUUCCGGUCUGGUAAUAUCAGAGCCUGUAUACGCUAGUAAUUCAUUGCCUGAUCUAAAAUCUCUGCAUGCCGGAUUGCCGGCGUGGGGCCUGAGAUCUUUAACGCAUGUGUUAAAUGUACUCUUCCUGUACAUCACUUAGGAUAAGGGCGACUGAUAAGCAACAAAAUUUAAAUGUGAAAUGUGAAACAAAGGGAUAGAAGUGGUUAAUUGCCUCAAAACAGGGUAUUAGCAAGCUCCAGCCUCUAUGAAAUCAAUCUCCAACUUAACAUCUGUUAUACCCAGUUAUGCAGCCAGUUAGUAAA